CAAUCGAUAAGUACAAAGAAAAAAGUAAACAAGCGUCGUCGUUGCAGUUUGUAUUAGCAUCACAUCGAAUUUAAACAUUUUUCCAGCAACUUGCCGUUGGUAAAUAACGCUUUUAAAAAUGAUGGCGCAAAAGCAGGUGCUGCAGGAGUCCUUCCAAGGCCAGGGCCAGAGCAUUGAGACAACAAAAUCGGCAAUUACGAAGAUGUUGGUUCGCACCGAAAGAUUUCAAACGCGCGUACGCAAGCAUAUUGAUGAGAAUUAUACAGAAUUCAUGCCCAAUCAUACAUCGCCCGAUAUCUUUCUGGAGAAAGCGACCAUACUAGGCGACGAAAUCAACGAGCUGCUGGCCACCGUUGGUGAAGAGGGUUUAGCCGCCUUAAACGACGCCAGCGCUGAGCUGGCAAAGAGCAGCAAAGAUCUGCGGGAAAUAUUGCUGGAGCUGCGUGUCAGCGAGCAUAUAUUGAAGCUGGACGAUCUAUUUCAGUGUGUCGAAGAGGCGAAGGCUAAUAAAGACUGCCUGGUCGUGUUCGACCUGAUGGGCAAACUGCGCAGCCUGAUCUACAGCGACUCCACAGACUCUGCCGAUGUAGCGCCCGAGGUGGAGCGACUGUUCCAGACAUUGGAUUGCUACGAAUCCAUUAAAGUCAAGUACCAUGUGCAGGCGCAUUUGCUGCAGCAGAACCUUCAGGAGCGGUUCGAUCACCUGGUGCAACUGAAUUGCAAAACGUUUCCCAAUUCGAAAUGCGUUACUCUGCUCAUUAGCAAGGACGAGGCGCAGUUGCAGGACAUUGUGAGUGCCUUGUUCCAGGAACGCUACAAUCCAGCCAAGCUGUGCAAUUUUCUGCUGGAGCACUGUAUAGAGCCGCUGAUACUAAAGCCCGUUUCGGUUGAAUACAAUGAAGCGGCCAAGGAUGACAGUCACAUACAGCUAACGCUCUCGUAUUCCAUCAAGGAUCAGGACGCCGCGUCGGCUCUGCUGCGGCCCAAUUAUAAGGACGUCUUUGAUCAUUUCCGCCUGCUGCUGCAGACACUGAGUGGCAUCAAUAGCAACCUCAACGGCACUCAGCAUGUCUUCACUGUUAUCGGUGAUCAGGUUAAGGACCGCAUGCUCCAGCUGCUCGUCGAGGAGUGCCUGAUACCCGCGGUCCCGGAAACAAUGGAUGAAUACAAUAGCUCCACUCUAUGCGCAGAUGUUUUACAGUUCGAACAUCUCCUGGCGGAUUCAUAUCUCAUCAAUCCAGAGGUGGACUGUGCUCUGACCGAGUUCACCAAGGAGUUCGAUACAUACUACCGGAAUCGCCUCUCAGCCCGCGUCCUGGCCACAGCUCGCGAGAUAAUACAGCGUGAUCUGCAGGAUAUGGUGCUGGUGGCUCCGAACAAUCUAUCUGCAAAUGUGGCCAGUGAUCCGUUUCUGUUCCCUCGCUGCAUGAUCUCCAAGAGCGCCCAGGAUUUUGUGAAGCUGAUGGAUCGCGUGCUGCGCCAGCCAACGGAUAAGACAGCAGAAUCGACGCCCGACCCAUUGGCCGGAGUCGUUGCCCAGCUGCUGGAGACGUACAUCGACGAGGUGCCCAAGGUGCAUAAGAAGCUGCUGCAGAGCAUUCCCCAGCAAUCGGCGCUGUUCCACAACAAUUGCCAAUACCUGACGCAUUGGGUGGCUCAGCACGCCAACAACGGCAUCGAUAGCUAUCCCUCGCUGGUCAAGAUGCUUCAGUCCACGGCCACUAAGCACUUGCGGGUUCAGCUCAACUAUCAGCAGUCUAUAUUGAUGGAUAUCAUGAGCGGAUUCGAAUUCGAGAAUCCGCAUACCCUAGGCUCGACGCCGUUGCGACUGGUGCGCCAGUGCCUGCGCCAGCUGGAGCUGCUGAAGAACGUGUGGCAACAGGUGCUGCCGGAGAACGUCUACAACAGCAGCUUCUGCGAGCUGCUGAAUGCGUUUGUCAACGAGCUGGUGCAGCGGGUGUUUACGCUGCGCGACAUUUCGGCGACGAUGGCCAGCGAGCUGAGCGACCUGAUCGACGUGGUGCUGGAGAAGGGGCCGCUGCUGUACCAGGAUAAGCACGAGGUGCUGCAGGUGCGCAGCUGGCAGAAGCUGCAGCAGCUGAAGACCAUGAUGAACGCCUCGCUCAAGGAGUUUACCGAACUCUGGUGCGAUGGCGCCGGCCCGCUGACGGCCAAUUACCAGGCGAAUGAGAUCAAGCACUUGAUACGCGCCCUCUUCCAGGACACGGACCGGCGCGCCAAGGCCAUCACGCAGAUCGUUUAACGCCAUUUGCAAAUAUAUAUAUAUACAUUUCAAAUUGCU